AGCGUUUCACUUCCCCUGAGUCCGGCUGCAGGAAGGUGUAAAACAAGAAUUCACUGGAGGCGUCUCUCCUUUCGCCUUUCUUUGAAACCACAUUGGUGACUUUCUCUUCCUCUGACAAAGAUGGAUGAAAGCCCCGAUGGUACCAUAAUUGAAAAAGUGCCCUUGCAAAACAUUGCAGUGGAUGUGCUGAUCCGAGGCUAUCUGGGUGAUGUUACAUCUCAGCUUCAUUACAAGAACCAGGAGACUGUCCCCCUGGAAGUUGAAUUUGUCUUCCCUCUGCAUGCUGAAGCUGCUGUCUAUGCCUUUGAGGGCCUGAUGGAUGGUCAAAAAAUUGAUGCCCAACUCAUGAAAAGGGAGGAGGCAAGAACAUUGUAUGAAAGUGGGUUAAUAAUGGGAAGCAAUGUUGCCCUGCUUGAAAAUGAGUCAAAGAGCAAGGAUAUUUUCAGAUGCAUGCUGGGAAAUCUUCCUCCCAAUGGAGAGGCUACUUUAAAGCUGUGCUAUGUCCAGGCAUUUUCUCCAGAGCCUGAUGGAGCCAUCCGAUUUGUCCUGCCAGUUGUAUUAAGGCCCUGGUUUGUGCCUCAAGGUUCAGAAGAGGGCAGUGUUUCUCCGAGUGUACCACGAGUGCCCAAGGGGCAGCUUCCUUAUACACUGAGCCUCAACAUCACACUGGAUUCUCCUUACAGAAUCUCCCACGUGGAGUCAAAUUGUACUCUCACACCCCUGCAGUAUGCAACAGAGGAUCACACCAUUGCUUUGAUUUCACUGGCUGGAGAGCAUCAUUUUGAGCAAGAUGUGGAACUACUGAUAUAUUAUGAGGAGGAAGUUCAUAAGCCCAGUGCCCUGCUUGAACCCGGGAAACCUGGGGCUGAUGCAGGCUCAUUGAUGGGGGACCCAGUGCUUCUGCUUACUAUGUAUCCCACCCUCUCUUCUCUAAAAUCUGCUUUGAACGCAGCUGGUGAAUUUGUGUUCUUGAUAGAUUGUUCUAAUAGCAUGAACGAUACUUUGGGCCUGGAUUCUUCAUCCUGCAUUCAGCAAGCCAAGGAAACCCUGAUCUACAUUCUGAAGAGUCUCCCUCUUGGAAGUUACUUCAACAUCUAUGUAUUUGGUUCUGACUACCAUUCCUUCUACUCGCAGAGUGUCAGAUAUACUCAGGAGACCAUGUUAGAGUCUGUCAAGAAGGUGAAGGAAUUGCAGGGCAGCAUGGGAGGCACACAGAUUCUCCAACCACUGAAGGCAAUUUACAGUCAACCAUGCCAGGAAGGAUACAUUUGUCAGCUGUUUGUGUUCACUGAUGGAGAGGUAUGUAACUCAAUGCAAGUCAUUAAAGAAGUUCAAAGUCACAGCAAUACCCACAGAUGUUUUUCAUUUGGAAUUGGUGAAGGGGUCUCUACCCACCUAAUAAAAAGUAUUGCUGAAGCAGGCUAUGGCUAUGCUGAAUUCAUCAAAUGCAAGGAGGAAAUGCAGACCAAAGCCUUGUGCUCUAUGAAGCGAGCCUUACAACCAAAAGUGAAGGACAUCUGUCUUCAUUGGGAUUUGCCUUCUGGGCUUGAGGCUGUGCUUGUGCAACCCAUUCCACAGGUCAUAUUUGCAGGAGAAUGUUGUCUUAUCUAUGCUCAAAUCAGUGGGCAGCAGCAGGCAAAAUUUUGUGGAAUGCUGUGCUGUACGUUCCCUUCUCAAGCACUCUCUCAUGUCUCCUUUGCUGUACAUUCCUCCAGGUUUCCUAUUCACCGGUUGGCAGCUCAGGCCCUUUUGCAAAAUCUGAAGGGAGCAACUUCAGUGAAAAAGCAGAACUUGGCAUUGGAGACAAGCUUGAGCUCCAGAGUGUUGUGUGACCAGACUGCCUAUGUGGUAGUAAACACAGACCUGGGCAAGCCACUGCAGACUUCUCUUUACUUCCAAAGAAUUCCUGUUGCCUGCCCAUUCAACUUGUGCAACCGUCGUUUGAUAAAUCCUAAACCGAUGGUAGAAGAAGUCGUGAACAUCAUGGAUAUGAAUGUUGAUGUGGUCCAUGAACGAGAUUAUUGUUUAGCCUUGCUGAAUGAAGAACCUCCCAAGUGUGAAGAUAUUAAGACAAGACUUGUUGAAUCAUUAAAUAAGCUUUAUUCUUCAGCAUCUGCCUUCUUUGCCAGUAGCAUGUCAGGUUGGAGAAAUGAUUUGACCCCUGGAAAUCUUGUUAAUGCUCAGAGUACAACCUUUGAUCAGCCAACCAGUGAAUCGCUUCUUUUGAAAGUGGUCUCCUUGCAAAAUGCAGAUGGCUCCUGGACUUUGGAUACCUGUUUGCUCAGCCUACUAGAUCUGAAUGAAGCAGAGACUUUGGCAAAGAAACCUCCCCAGGUAGCCCCAGCUGCAUGGGCAACAGUUCUUGUCAUUCUUUGGUUGCAUGUUCAUGCCACAGAGCAGAGGGAUGUCUGGGAGUUAUUGGAAGCAAAAGCCUUAGUAUGGCUCCAUGAGAAUGCAGGUCUUGAACUAGCUCAGUGCAUACAGAUUGGCAAUACUUUUCUGGGAUGUGAUAUCAACCCUGCAGUUUUUGAGCUGUGAGAUGUUCUCUCCUUCCUUAGUAAAUCACUGGAACCUUUCACUCACUUUUUCUGCUGUUCUGUCAGACUUUUACAUGUGCUAGAAUGUUUGAUCUUUUUCCUCAGAAUAGCUGCAAAUAUAGAUAGAGUUGAGGGAGAACCCAAAUAGGUACAGAGGUGAAUGCCAAAACGGUGCUCAAAAUGCUGUGGAGAAUUUCUUCCCAAAUAGAAUUACAGGUUAGAUCAGGGUGAUUGAAAAGAGAGAAAUGCAUGCAUGGGCUUUCUAUGUGAACAUGAGGCAGCAACUACUGGUCUCUUCGAGGCCAAAGUAUACCCUUGUAGUCAUGCUUCUUCAUCAUGUGAAUUGUAGGCAACAUCAUUAUCAAUCAGCAUGUAUUUUCUCUUUGGUAUCUCCAUUGGAACUGAUUUAGACAAGGCCAGAAAGAAAGAG